AUGCUGGCACCCCCGGCCCCAGAGACCGAGGUCUCCAUGUCCCAGGCGGAGGCCGACCUGGCCCUGCGGCCCGCGCCGCCUCUCGCCGCGGCGGGGCCGCCCCGCCUCGGGCCCCCUCGCCGGGCGCGCCGCUUCUCCGGGAAGGCUGAGCCUCGGCCGCGCUCCUCCCGUCUCAGCCGCCGCAGCUCAGUCGACUUGGGGCUGCUGAGCUCUUGGUCCCAGCCAACCUCACCGGUUCCGGAGCCUCCUGCUCCUCCGGACUCCGCUGGUUCCGGCCCCGCAAUGAGUCCACCGCCUAGCUCUGAAGAGCCCACUGAGGGCACGUGGACCGCCGGGGCCCCGGUGAAGGCCUCAGACUCCGAGCGUCCGGAACUCGCGGGCUCCGCAGGAGGGUCGGGGUCCCGGGAACCGCCGAGGAUCACCGAGGCGGCGGCCCGGGAGCGGCGGCGGGAGCAGGAGGAAAAGGAGGACACGGAGACUCAGGCUGUGGCAACGUCCCCGGACGGCCGAUACCUCAAGUUUGACAUCGAGAUUGGACGUGGCUCGUUCAAGACGGUGUAUCGAGGGCUGGACACCGACACCACGGUGGAGGUGGCCUGGUGUGAGCUGCAGACUCGGAAACUGUCUCGAACGGAGCGGCAGCGAUUCUCGGAGGAGGUGGAGAUGCUCAAGGGGCUGCAGCACCCCAACAUCGUCCGCUUCUACGACUCGUGGAAGUCGGUGCUGAGGGGCCAGGUUUGCAUCGUGCUGGUCACCGAACUCAUGACCUCGGGCACGCUCAAGACAUACCUGAGGCGGUUCCGCGAGAUGAAGCCUCGAGUCCUUCAGCGCUGGAGCCGCCAAAUCCUCCGGGGGCUCCAUUUCCUACACUCCCGGGUACCCCCCAUCCUGCACCGGGAUCUCAAGUGUGACAACGUCUUUAUCACGGGCCCUACAGGCUCCGUUAAGAUUGGGGACCUGGGCCUGGCCACGCUCAAACGCGCCUCCUUCGCCAAGAGCGUCAUCGGGACCCCGGAGUUCAUGGCCCCGGAGAUGUACGAGGAAAAAUACGAUGAGGCCGUGGACGUGUACGCGUUUGGCAUGUGCAUGCUGGAGAUGGCUACCUCGGAGUACCCUUACUCUGAGUGCCAGAAUGCCGCGCAAAUCUACCGCAAGGUCACUUCGGGCACAAAGCCGAACAGCUUCUACAAGGUGAAGAUGCCCGAGGUGAAGGAGAUUAUUGAAGGCUGCAUCCGCACGGAUAAGAACGAGAGGUUCACCAUCCAGGACCUUCUGGCUCACGCCUUCUUCCGCGAGGAGCGCGGCGUCCACGUGGAGCUGGCGGAGGAGGACGACGGAGAGAAGCCGGACCUCAAGCUCUGGCUGCGCAUGGAGGACGCGCGGAGAGGGGGGCGCCGCCGGGACAACCAGGCCAUUGAGUUCUUGUUCCAGCUGGGCCGGGACGCAGCCGAGGAGGUGGCGCAGGAGAUGGUGGCCCUGGGCUUAGUGUGCGAAGCUGAUUACCAGCCAGUGGCCCGUGCAGUGCGUGAACGGGUUGCUGCCAUCCAGCGAAAGCGUGAGAAGCUGCGCAAAGCUAAGGAGUUGGAGGCCUUCCCCCCAGCGCCAGGGCCCCUACCAGCAGCUGUCCCCAUGACUCCUGCUCCCUCCAGUGUCUUCCCCCCUGAACCCGAAGAGCCAGAGGCAGACCAGCACCAGCCCUUCCUCUUCCGCCAUGCCAGCUACUCAUCUACCACCUCGGAUUGCGAGACUGAUGGCUACCUCAGCUCCUCCGGCUUCCUGGAUUCCUCAGACCCUGCCCUUCAGCCCCCUAGGGGCGUGCCAUCCAGCCCCGCUGAGUCCCAUCUCUGCCUGCCCUCGGCUUUUGCCCUAUCCAUUCCACGUUCUGGCCCUGGCAAUGACUUUUCCCCUGGAGACAGCUAUGCCUCAGAUGCAGCAUCAGGCCUUAGUGACAUGGGAGAAGGGAUGGAACAGAUGAGGAGACCCCCAGGGAAAAACCUCCGGCGCAGACCCCGAUCCCGGCUUCGGGUCACAAGUGUCUCAGACCAGAAUGACAGAGUCGUUGAGUGCCAGCUACAGACGCACAACAGCAAGAUGGUGACCUUCCGAUUUGAUCUGGAUGGGGACAGCCCGGAAGAGAUUGCAGCUGCCAUGGUGUAUAACGAGUUCAUUCUGCCCUCGGAGCGAGCUGGAUUCCUGAACCGGAUUCGGGAGAUUAUCCAGCGAGUGGAGACCCUGUUGAAGAGAGAUACUGGCCCUGUGGAGGCUGCUGAAGACCCCCUGCGCCCCCAGGAGGAGCCAGCACCAUUGCCUGCCCUCCCAGGGUACCCCCCAGACCCAUCCAGUGCAGAGUUCCAGAGCAGCACCCUAGAGCAGGGGAGCUGGGCAGCCUUCUCCACCUCCCCAUCCUCUCCUGGAACCCCCUCAUCUCCUGGAAACCCCUUUUCUCCUGGAUCCCCUGCUUUCCCAAGUCCCAUCUUCCCCAUCACUUCUCCCCCAUGUCAUCCCAGCUCCUCCUCAUUCUCUCCAGUUUCUCCCCAGGUCUCCUCAAAUCUCUCUCCACACCCCCCCAGCUCCCCACUUCCAUUCUCCCCCAGUGCAUCCCAGUUUCCAGUCCCAUCUGCUCAGUUUCCAUUGAAUUCUCUGCUCCCCAGCUGUUCCCAGGUUACUCUUGCUCCUCCCUCCUUUCCCCCCUGUCCCUCUGCUUCUCCCCUGCCCUCCACCACAGCAGCCCCCCUGCUCUCUCUGGCUAGUGCGUUCUCACUGGCUGUGAUGACUGUGGCUCAGUCCCUGCUGUCCCCCUCCCCUGGGCUCCUUUCCCAGUCUCCUCCAGCUCCUCCUGGUCCCCUACCCAGCCUGCCCCCUCCAGCUCCCCUUGCUCCUUGUGGCCAGGAGAGGCCUUCACCUCUGACAGCUGAGAUGGAGAGUGAGGCCUCUCCAAAUCUUGGUUGGCCACUCCUGGGUGAAGCCAGACUGGCUCCCAUCUCUGAAG